AUGGUCCAUCAACUAGGUGUUGUAGCAUGCUCUACUGCUUUGCUAUGGGUGAUGAUGGCCGCAGUGGAAGCUCAACUCAGUCAUCUAAACGUCGGUCUUGAUUACAUCCAAGGAAGUCGCAUGAACACACCCGCAAGAGUCAAACGAGCGCUGGCAAAAUACGGUAUCGUGGAUGAAAAGAUCAACUCACGUUUAAACUCUGCCAGCAAUGCCGCUAUUGAGCUCUUUAGCGCUUAUGUGGAUAUAGAGUACAUUGGCGAGAUUGGUAUAGGCACGCCGCCACAGAAAUUUAAUGUCGAUUUCGAUACAGGCAGCUCUGAUAUAUGGGUUCCCUCCUCCAGAUGUGGAUCCAGCUGCAGCACGCACCGUCGAUUCAAUGACUCCAAAUCAUUCACUUACAAGGGAAUGGGCAACGCGACGUGGCACUUAUCUUAUGGUGAUGGCUCCAGCGUGAGAGGAUACACUGCUUUGGAUACUGUGCAUCUCGGCAAUGUCACUAAGCAUCAGCAGUUCAUCGGUUUGGUCAGUCAACAGACACCUGAAUUCGCAUCUGACAAGUUUCUGGAUGGCAUCUUUGGCUUGGCUUUUCCUCCUUUGGCUUACACGGGCAUCAAGGCUUCCAUCGUACAAGAUUUGCAUAUGGAUGGUUCGAUUCCUUCUCCCAUUGUCAGUUUCCAUCUCGGACACAAUCGUGAUGGUGGCAAGGGAGAGAUCUUGUUUGGCGACAUUAAUCAGAACCAUUUCGAAGGUGAACUCAAGUAUGUCCCCGUUACAGUGAAAAAGUACUGGCAAGUCGACAUGACAGGUGUUGAAGUCGGCGGUACCAACGUACUUGCUUCUACCAUGCCUGCUAUUGUAGACACUGGUACCACACUCAUCAUCGUGCCCAGUGCCGUCUCCCAAGCGAUCCAUGAGGCGAUUCCUGGCGCUGAGUAUGAUCCCAUGUAUGGCUGGCGUAUGCCUUGUGCUUUUGCAGAAGACAGCUCUACCGAAUCCAUCAACAUCAAGCUGGGAGAUCAAGACUUUCCACUGUAUCUUAGGGAUUUGGUAAGAGCCAAGACAUCUCCACCCUCGUCUUCUGGUAAAGACGGGCUCUGUUAUUCCGGUGUUGCUGAGGCCAACACGCCACUUAUCAUCUUGGGUGAUACAUUCCUACGAAGCUACUACUCGGUCUAUGAUUUUGGAAACGCCCGUAUUGGCUUAGCUAGAACAAAGCCUUAA